AUGUUACUCUUAACUAAAAUUACUAGUAUUUUCCAAAUCAUUCUCGGACUCUUCAUGGCCUUGUAUCAUUUGGCCACAAUUAUUCCUUGGUAUAUGAAUUCAUUGAGUGUUUAUGGUACUCAUAGUUUGUUCUUAGUGGCGGGAGAUUUGUUCAUUCUUGGGUUGGGAAUAUUAGGUGUCUUGAUCGGAUUCCAAGUUGGAAAGAUUAAGAAUGAUGAGAGAACAGCAACUUUCAUGUACACUGGUGGAUGUCUAUUUGUCAUUCCAACCAUUGCUUGGAUUUUAGCUGCUCAAGGUGCUGUUGAAUUUUCCUUGACAGUUCUCUAUUCAAAAGUUUUAAUAUUCCCAAAGACCAUGACAGCACAAACAAAACUUGCUCUCCUCUAUUUGGAUCCUGCUUUUUCUUUUGCUUUCAUGCUCUUGACAGCUAUUGUUGCAAUUAUUUCACUUGUGGCUGCUGUCAAGAAUGUUAAGAGAGCUGUUCCACAACUUUUUGACGGAUCAGGUGUAUCAAAGAAUGUGGAAACAUCUGAAGAACAUCAAACAUCCUAUGUUGCCUUUAACAAUAAGCAAUAA